AGAGAUCUACAUAACAGGAUAGAUAUAAUGCUGUCUGCCAAGGGUACCUUUUCGACUCCAGUAUUCCAAUGCUUGGUACCACCUGUGAAGUUAGGGUGACCAGAUGUCCCGAUUUUAUAGGGACAGUCUUGAUUUUUGGGUCUUUUUCUUAUAUAAGCUCCUAUUACCCCCCACCCCCAGUCCCCAUUUUUUAGAUUUGCUGUCUCGUCACUCUAUGCGGAGUUAGCAUCAGAAGCACUGGAAUAUUUUUCAGAAACAAGGCUAGUGCAGGCAAAGUCUUACUAUCAAUAUGUAUGCAGAUUUAUACAGCAUACCUACCUCUUUUCCUUUCUUUGUUGCUAGUGUUUUUUGACAUAUUUCUGUACACAGUACAAAUACUAAACAAAAGUUGUAAAUUUGGAUUCCAGAAUAGUCUUUUUAGACCUGUACUUUGAACACUCAAUUUACUUAAAUUACUUGCAUGUGAUCUUUAAUCCAAUCACACUGAGGAAACCUUGACAUUGUUAAUUAAAAUAGAUGUCUCUGCCAAUUGCUUCAAAUUUCCACACUUGAGUUCAUGGUUAGAAUCAGCAAAUAUUUUAGACUGUAAAAUGAAGCUAGGUAAAAAACUGCAAAAUAUAUAAGGAAUAUUCUUCCAUUAGCAGGAGAAUCUAUUAAAUGGCUCCAUCUGUAUUUUCUGUAAAUUCUAUGUAAUGGAAGAAAAACCGAGUUUGACUGUAGUUAUUUGUGUAGCUCUUAAGUGUGCCUAGCAUUAUGCAAUGGAUAAUAUGUGUUAACGUGAGUCUCUGCCCAUAGAACCUUGUAGUCUUAAUAGUGAUACCAGUAUAGAAAGGGAGAGUGGGAAGUGGCCUGUGUAUUUAGAGAGCUUUUUUGAUAUAAAGUUUAAAAAUGUCGUUUAGGUGGCAAAAUCAAGCACUUGAAAGUUAGGAAAUAAGAUUUAAGGUUUCCCAUCCAACCUUCAUUCCACCUCUUUGUGCAUCCAUCCUGUGGAAAAGAAAUAUUAUGUAAUUAAAGACUGCACAAGGGAGCAGAAUUAAGGUAUCAUGGGCAAUCUGAUGGCAAAUUAGGAGUUAUCGUUAGAUUUCUCAUUUGACUAUUGGAAUUGUUUUAGGAAUACCCCUGAGGACAUUCAUGACCAGUUCACCACAGCCAACCACCCUAUUGUGUAAAACAUACAUCACCUCAUCCAGCUAAUAAAAGGCUUGGCAGGAUACUGGACUUGUCCUAUCCACCACUAGUAAUGAGGCCUGCAAAAUGUUUGAUGCUACACUGACUCAGUAUGUCACAUGGACCAAUGAUAAGAGUCUAGGAGGCAUUGAAGGAUCUCUCUCCAAGUUACUAGCAGCAGAUCCAACUUUUACGAUGGGACACGUGAUUGCUAAUGGCUUGGUUCUGAUUGGAACUGGAACUUCAGUGAGGUUAGACAAAAAGCUGGACAGUGCGAUGAAAAAGAUGGUGGCACUUUCAGAAUCGCAGCCCCUGACUGAGAGGGAGAAGCUACAUGUUUCUGCACUCGACAUGUUUGCCAGUGGGCGUUUUCCCAAAGCUUGUGAUGUGUGGGAUCAAAUUCUACGGGACCAUCCAACUGACAUACUAGCACUCAAAUUUGCCCAGGCCACUUACUUUUACAUGGGAUGUCAAACACAGAUGCGAGACUCUGUUGCCCGUGUUUAUCCUUACUGGACACCUGAUAUUCCUCUUAGUAGCUAUGUGAAAGGCAUAUACUCCUUUGGACUGAUGGAAACUAAUUAUUUUGAUCGUGCUGAAAAGCUUGCCAAUGAGGCCUUAGCUAUAAACCAGUCAGAUGCAUGGUCUGUCCAUACCAUAGCACACAUAAAUGAAAUGAAAGCAGACCUGAAGAAUGGGUUGACAUUUAUGAAGCAAACUGAAAACAACUGGAAGGACUGUGACAUGCUUGCUUGCCAUAAUUACUGGCACUGGGCUUUGUAUUUCAUUGGAAAGGGUGACUAUGAGGCUGCUUUGACAAUUUAUGACAAUCAUAUUGCUCCUGCAUGCCUGUCAAGCAGAAGUAUGUUAGCUGUGCUAGAUAACUGCUCCAUGCUGUACCGGCUUCAGUUGGAAGGUGUAAAGGUGGGAGACAGAUGGAACAAAGUUAUCCCUCUGGCAAAGAAGCACACCAAAGAUCAUGUUUGGCUUUUCAAUGAUGUCCACAUUCUCAUGUCUUUGCUCGGGGUCAAAGACCACAAAACCACCAAUGAGCUCUUAACAACUCUUCAGGAACUUGCCAAAGCACCUGGUGAAGACCAUGAGCUGGGUCUGGCUCCAAAAUUGGGGUUGCCACUUUGCCAGGCUUUGGUAGAGUUUGACAACGGAAAUUAUGACAAGACAGUAGAAUUACUUUAUCCAAUUCGCUAUGAACUCCUGCAGAUAGGAGGCAGCAAUGCUCAGAGAGAUGUUUUCAGCCAGCUAUUGAUUCAUGCUGCUUUAAAUUGUAAAUCAAAAGCCUAUCAAAAACUGGCUAGAUGCCUCCUGUCAGAACGUGAUGGGUUGAUACCAAAUUCACCAUUGACUGAGCGACUUAUUCGGAAAGUAUCAGCUGUUCAUGCGAUGGGAUGAAUCUUAAAUCUGUUAUUCCAGUGGAAAUAAUAAUUAGCACUGUAAUGAGUCUCUUUCUAUGACAUUAAAGGAAUCAAAAUAGGGAAAAUCCUGCAUCAUCAGCCAUUCCAGAUCUUCUAAAUAUCUGAGCUUUGGGAAGCUUCUUUUGGUGAUUCAGCAUCAUUGCUUGAGCUUCUGACACACCUCUGAUUCUUGGAAGAUUGUAGCCUAGCUGUGCCUAGCAGGGUGACAGUAGCAAAUGAAAUAGUGUAGGGAUAUUAAAGAAGGUACUAACAGUGAUUCCCCCAAGUGACAGUGACCCCCCCAGUUUCACGAAGUACAAAAAUCUUUUAGUUCUUCUGUUAAAACUUGUAAGCUCGUGUCUGGAGAAACCACUGAUUGUAUCUGUCUUGUGAAAGAUACUCUAUUACUAUGUAAAACUUACAAACAAGUUAAUUGACUUUGUUCUUGAAGUAAACACUAUGUUACCUGUAAUUGGUACAAUGUAAACAAACGCUAUAAGCCGUCAAGUGACUUUCACUUCAUUGUAACAGCAAGGGCUCCUAGGCACACACCCCAAAAGUGGUGGAGACAGUAAAUUAAAAUAUGGUUAAGAUAUGGAAUGUAUGUUGAUGAAUGCUUGAUGUACAUGAAUGGUUAGGGAGGUGCCAGCCUAGAAAGGGAGUAUCCAUCGGCCAAAGAAUGUGUCAAGUGGACCACCAGACAACCCCCGGAGGGUAAACUGGGAUCCACCCCAACACCUGGAAGGAUGAGAAACACAAACUUUGGACAGUGUGGAGCCACCAGGAAUGUGCCACUUUAGACAGUGUGGAGCCACCAGGAAUGUGCCAUCUGCUGAUUGAGUCAGCAACAGCAGGAUGAAACAGCUCCCAUAGAUUAACAUAGGAAUUAAUUCCUAUAAGAAUGAACUCCAAAAUCUGAGGAUUUUGAGUCUCUGGUUCUGCUGCCAACCUCCAGGAGCAUCAGGUGCAUCUGACACAGACUCGGCUCCAUCCUCAUGACCAAGAUACCUGGCCAGUAACUUGGCAUGAGCAACUUCUAGGCUGGUAAC